AUGGGUGUUAAGCAAGGCUUCGAGCAGUGUGACCAUGUGUCUCGAACAUGCAAAACGGGAUGUGAAAAGGGAUAUGUAGGGCCUCUUUGUUCAACGUACUCCAAAGAUAAGGCUAUAGACAAUAAUCCAAGCACAACCCCAGAUUCGUGCGAUUGUUGCAGUCAAACUGCUGACGGUUGGUGGAUGAUUGACCUUGUCAAGAAGUAUUUCAUACAGGCCAUACAGAUAAUUGGAAGAUCAGACGAGUGCACGCAAGGAACAUACGGACUAAACUGUGCAGAAAAGUGUGGUAACUGCGGAGAUGGGGUAUUUUGUAACACACAAAAUGGACAUUGUCCGUCCGGCUGUGAGCGAGGUAGCCAAGGUGCAAAAUGUAAGAAUGACUGUCCGUUUGCUGGUAGUUUUGGUGAUAGCUGUCGGGGAAAAUGCCACUGUAGCGACGGCCAGAAGUGUGACAUUUUGACAGGAAAAUGCUCUUCUCCAGGCUGCCUUCAAGGAUGGAGCGGCGCCGCCUUUAAGACAUGUUGUGAUAAGCAGACCUUUGGCGUUAAUUGUGAGAAUGAAUGUCAUUGCUAUGAGUGUGACGACGUAGACGGUUCGUGUGGAUUAUAUCCUUGCUUCAGUGGCUGGGGAGGUGGCACAUGCUCAGAACCGAUAAAUAAAAGAAAGGAAGACCAGAACGAUCAGAAUCAUUACACUGUACCAGGAGCAUCGAUGUCUUCUGAUUAUGCCACAUUAGACGUAGCUGAAAGUGAGUUCUUAUAG